AUCGAUCAUUGCAAUUGAUUUGGCGCCUAAUAGAGAGACACCACUUUCGAUUCAACUUGAGCUUUACUUUCCUCUGAGUCUUAUCGUUCUCCUGGAAUCCCACAGAUAAAAACUUCAUAACCAUCUUACGACAAGGAGAAUCAACGAACCUUAGAGCAUCUCCUUUCUUUAAUUUGACCUUCUGAACGCUCAUAAUGGGUUACGUUGCUUCUCGCAAAUUCUGCUGCUGUCUGCCGGUCAGAUUUGGCGUUUUCUGUCAUUCCUUGUUGGGUUUGGCGGCUGGCGGCGUAAUAUGUGUGUUCGGUUGGCUGGAAGUCCACAAGCUUGUGACUAAGCAAUUGGAGCUCGAAUCCCGUCAACAGAUAGCGCUUUGGUUCAUUUCCGUUGCAUGGUCUUUCACAGCACUCAUUUCCUUGAUGGGGCUUUUUGGCUGUCUUUUCAAGAUCCGAGCAUUUAUCACUUCCUAUGCGUACACAACCACGAUCAAUACCCUCGUAAACAUCGCUAUCGGUAUCUUCUUCGUUUGGACUCUAUUCCAUAAAGACAACAGCAAGGAGAGUUUCCUCGACAAGUGUGACGGCAAUGGCGACGGAGACGGAGUAAAAGUAACGCACUGGUUCUGUCAACGUGGCUUCGAUCUCAUUCGCGUUCUCAUCGUCAUCGCUUUCGUGAUCAUUUGGAUCUUUAUGCUAGCCGGUAUCUUCAUCGUGUUCGACUACGUUGGCCAGCUUCACGAAGAACACGGACUCGAGGAAGAGGAAGAGGAGAAGAGACACCGCCCUCAGCAACCGGUUAUCGUCAAUGUGCCCUCCGAGACUGCGCCCGUUAUGCGCACCACCUACGAUGCUUCACCCGCUAUGCAGGGUGGAUGGACAUCCGCCAAGUCACCGUAUGUUUUCAACCUGCCGGACAAUGCUUACGGAAACCGUCGUUAGUCACGUCUCGUACGACAUUCCCUGACAUCAAGUAGAUUAUUUCCUUUGGCAAGCGGGCAGCAGGGGCAAGGUUUGUUCAACUGUAACAUAACGUCUUGUCGUAGUGCAGACGAGACUAAUGAAGAUGUCUUGGUCGAGAGCUACUAGUGACUGGAUCUACUGUUGCGGCAUGCUGCUCAUUAAACCUAGCCUAGUCACCUGGUUUCGUGUGCGGAUAGUGCACGACAAAUGAGUUUCGUGUAAACGAAGGCAACCUUACUUUGUUAUCAUGCGACGUGUAGUAACGAUCGCAAGGAAUGUUGAGGACUACUCAAUUUCUAUUGUGCAAACAUUCAUACUAAUGUGCUGAACCAAGAGAGAGGGUAUUUUUUUGAAGAAGAAAUAGAACUUCAAGUACUGUGGAUGUAACUUUCCAGUCUAGAUUGAUGCAAUUGAUUGCCACGAAAUCAUUACAGU